AUUAUCCUCUCACGCAUGCUCAGUUCUCUCGCUCGCCGUCGUCGAAGAAUGGCCGCCGCUGCAGCAGGAAUAAACAAGCAGGGCGCAGGAGCGACGAUGGAGACCUGUCUCCGGCACGGGAGGGGAGCCAGUGGAAGCACCGUGAAGGUGCUGGAGUGUGGUGUGUGUGAGGACGUCUUCUCCCUCCAAGGUGACAAGGUCCCCCGUCUUCUGCUCUGUGGCCACACCGUGUGCCACGACUGUCUCACCCGGUUGCCCCUCCACGGCAGAGCGGUCCGCUGCCCCUUUGACCGACAGGUCACCGAGCUGGGGGACUCUGGAGUUUGGGGCCUAAAGAAGAACUUUGCUCUGCUUGAACUCUUGGAGCGACUCCAGAAUGGAGCCACCAACCAGUCAGGAAUGGCCGAUGAUGCACUGAAAGGCAUGGGAGAAUGUAUAAUCCGAUGUGACGAGGACGAGAGCCACACGGCGUCCAUGUACUGCACGGUGUGCGCCACCCACUUGUGUGCCGAGUGCUCCCAGCUCACCCACUCCACUCGUACGUUGGCCAAACACCGCCGCGUGCCACUGGCUGAUAAACCUCAUGAGAAAACACUCUGCCCGCAGCAUCAAAUUCACGCCAUUGAGUUCGUCUGUCUGGAAGAGGCCUGUCAGUCUGGGCCUCUCAUGUGCUGUGUGUGUAAGGAGUAUGGCAAGCACCAGGGACAUAAACACGCUCUUCUCGAGUCGGAAGCCAAUCAGAUCCGCGCGUCCAUUCUGGACAUGGCCCACUGCAUCCGUACCUUCACAGAGGAGGUGUCUGAGUACUCGAGGAAGCUCGUGGGCAUCGUGCAGCAGAUCGAGGGCGGCGAGCAGAUAGUGGAGGACGGUGUGGGCAUGGCACACACCGAACAUGUCCCCGGCACAGCGGAAAGCGCGCGCUCCUGUGUCCGGGCUUACUUCGCUGAUCUCCACGAGACUCUGUGUCGUCAAGAGGAAAUGGCGCUGAGCGUGGUGGACGCUCACGUUAGGGAGAGGCUGAUCUGGCUGAGGCAGCAGCAAGAGGACAUGACCAUCCUGUUGUCUCAGGUGUCCACUGCCUGUCUGCACUGCGAAAAAACGCUUCAACAGGACGACUGCAGAGUUGUGCUGGCAAAGCAGGAGAUCAACUGUUUGCUGGAGACACUUCAGAAGCAGCAGCACCAGUUCACUGAGCUCGCAGAUCACAUUCAGCUGGAUGCAGGCAUCCCAGUCACCUUCACUAAGGAUAAUAGAGUCCACAUUGGUCCAAAAAUGGAGAUCCGUGUUGUGACUCUUGGACUUGAUGGAGCAGGGAAAACCACCAUCCUCUUCAAGCUGAAGCAAGAUGAGUUCAUGCAGCCCAUCCCAACUAUAGGUUUUAAUGUGGAGACUGUAGAAUAUAAGAACUUGAAAUUCACCAUCUGGGAUGUAGGAGGAAAACAUAAACUCCGACCCCUUUGGAAACACUAUUAUCUGAACACUCAAGCGGUGGUGUUUGUGAUUGACAGCUGCCACAGGGACAGGCUGAUGGAGGCACAUAGCGAGUUAGCCAAACUACUGACAGAGAAGGAGCUGCGGGAUGCGUUGCUGCUCAUUUUUGCAAACAAGCAGGACGUUCCUGGCGCCGUCUCCGUGGAGGAGAUGACGGAGCUGCUGAGUCUGCACAAGCUGUGCUGUGGGAGGAGCUGGCACAUUCAGGGCUGCGACGCCCGCAGUGGGAUGGGCCUCCACGAGGGGCUGGAUUGGCUUUCCAGGCAGCUGGUGGCAGCUGGUGUUCUGGAUGUGGCCUGAACCGUCUUUGCACAUUCUGGAUCUUCCCCUAAAAUCCCCCUGAGCCCAGAUCAUCAGCUCCAUGAAAACUUCCAAGGAUGUAGUUUCAAGCCUCUCAUCUUUCCUUCUUUGUUUGCAAAGAACAGAAGGAUGUAAAAACUCAUUAAACGAGUCGUGUGUGGUCACUUUCAUACUUUAGUUUUUUUCCUCCAACUUUUUGUGAAGCCUUCUUUUGUAGCUUCUGUAGCUGGUCAUGUUUAAUAUUCUGGUGUCCUGAUGGUGUGAAUUGUAGUUUCUCACCUUUAAUAGUCAAAUUCUCUCUUAUAUGCCAGUUAUCUAAACUACAUUCAGAGUCGUUUAUAAUUUCUGUCUUAAUUCUGUGAGCUUCUGAUAGUCCUCGUAGGCGACAGCAGUGACUUUGUAGUUUAGUCCCGCAAACUCAGAUUCAGUUAUAGCUGAGACAAAUCCACGACUCCUACAAAAGACGGUUAGGACCACCGAACAAAAAAAUUAUUUAGACUUUAAUCUCACAAUUCAGAAUUUUUUUCUCAAGCCAAAAAGUCACAAUUCUGAGAAAAUAAGUCAGAAUAAAUUUUUUUUAAUAUAAAAUUCUUAGAAAAAAAAUCAGAAAUCCGAGAUUAAAGUCAGAUUAAUUUUUCUUUCAGUGGCACUAAUCCUCUUUCAUAGACUUCAGACAUUUCUCUUCUAACAUAAACAUCAGCAGCAGAUGUGUAAAUGGCUUUAUUUUUCAUGUGCUGGUGAUUUUCCUUUUAGGCCUGUGAGCUUGUGUAAUAUUCCAGCUGGACUUUAAGGAGGGGGGCACCGUUAACAUUUUGGUUUGGUCUGUUACAGAGCCAACUGUUUACUGAACUUAUUUAUCAACAGGAAUGUUUCUUUGAUUUAAGGUGAAUUUUAAUGCGUGAUUUCCAUUUUGUGCAUGCAGAAUCAGUCCAAACAACUUCUCUGCUAAUAGUUUUCAGCCAGAAGCAAACCAGAAUCAUCUGCUGUUACUUGGUGUGUAUUAGCUUCACUACAAAAACAAUUAAAAAGUCGCAUAAAAAUAUUUUAUAUUAACAUCUCACCCCAUCUGCGGUCAGUAGAGUGCUUAAAAGAUGGUCCACCUUUAACUAAUAAUGUGAAACUUGGACAUUUAACCUGACUUUUUUUUAUUGAUGAACCAUCAUUUAAGUCUGAGCUUUAUUCAUUGCUAUGUAAGGUUAUUCGUCUGUAUCUAUGUAUAAAAACACAAGUGCACGUGUGAAAAGCCUUCCCAAAUAGUUGGUGAAAACAUUUCUGUUGGUUUUCUUAGACCUAGAAGCACAUUUGUUACACGUGGACUUGAUAACGGCUUUUGUAAAUGAUAUAUGUGAUGCUGUAAAAUAAACUAUUUGACAUGA